UUAUCAGAAAUAUGGGAUCUGCAGCAAGUACCAAAGUUUGCAAUUUUGAAAACAACGAAAAAAUAAAUAACAACAUUGCAAAAAGUCCAACCCAAAACUCAGCCGGUGACACUCUUCAAAAUCAACCCCCAAUUGGUGUUCUGUGUAAAACCAAAAAUGGUGAAAACACAGAAAAUGAUGGGAAAGAUAAUGUCCUCGUGUUAUUUAAAUCUGAAAAUUGUAAGGAAAAUAAAAACGGUGACUUGUUGGAUAAAAUACAAAAAUUAGAACUUGACCUAGCGAAGGCUCAAAGUCAGAACAUGGAUUGGGAGGAUCAAAUACAAACUCUGAAAGAACAAUUAGCAAAUGAUGAUCAAAAUGAACUUGAUGUUCCAGAAGCCGAUCAAAUCAGUAAUAAUAUGAAAGUUGUCGAUCUGGAGAAACAAAUCGAAUUGUUAAAUUCCGAAUUAUUGAAACUGAAUACAAAAUUCAAACGUAGAGUAAAAACCCUUAAAUCACAGCUGUCCGAAGCCAAACAAACAUCUCAGAUACAACGAAUGGAAAUGACAGAUGAAAUAAACCAGUUAAUGGAAGAAAACCAAAAAUUAACAGACUCCCAGACCAACAAAACAUCUUCUGUCUCGGAAAAUAUACCUGAUUCUAAUGCUUGUCAAAGAACAACACUAGUUUUAGAGCUCUCCUCUCAAGUUUCUGAACAAUGCCAAAUAAUACGCGAUCUCGAAGAAUCAUUAGUAGAAAAGCAAAACGAAAUAGACAAUUUAAAAUCGCAAUUGACUGUUGCAGAGAGUAAACAAAACCAUGUGUCAGGGGAAGACUGUUGGGCUAGUCCAGUAAAUUCCCAGAUGCCCAUAGCAGUGAACAAUGUGUCAAGUUUUACCAAAUCAAGCUCCAAGCCACCCAGAAAAAAGCAAUAUAAAAUUGGUCAACAUAGAGAUAACCAUCCCAAUAAACAAUCUUCACAUGGAAUUAUAAAUUCCGACUCUGAUUCUGAUUGGACAAAUGAAGUGAUUGUUAGUAAAAUUCACAGUGCCCCGGUUGGUAUUCGAGCACAACCUACAUUUUGAGUUAUAUUUAUCCAUAAUUUAUUUGUUUUGUUAAUGAGGCUAAUUGGAGUUAAAUGUUUAAACUGUGUGUGAAUCAUGUUUUAUUGGAUAGUGGCAAUGCAAAAGGAAAUUAACGCAAGUGAUACAAGAAUAUGUCCAUUUAUUUUUUAUCGCUAUAUAUUACCUAGUGGUAGCCACGAUGUGCACUGUACAUCCAUUAUGAUCAUAUGAGUGGUGGAUAAUUUCUAGCCUCGCCAAUUACGGAUUAAAUAUACUCUUUUCCAAAA